UUCCUCCCUGCUUCCCACCUCCCCCCCACCCUCUCCUCCGCCAAGUCUACCCCUCAGUGGGCGAACCUCCUCAACAUCUCCUGUGACGGGCAGUGGUCACAGGAACACAGAGCGAGCAAAGGGGUGAGCCGCUGAGGAGGGGAAAACGUGCACUAAGCCAUUUUCUUGGAGGAGCCAGAGUCGUUUGAUGGGAAGAGGAUGCAUUGCGGGCUGCUGGAGGAGCCUGAUAUGGAUUCCACAGAGAGUUGGAUUGAAAGAUGUCUCAACGAGAGUGAGAGCAAGAGAUACUCGAGUCACACGUCUCUGGGGAACAUGUCCAACGACGAACAUGAAGAAAAAGAAAACAACAGAGCCUCUAAACCACAUUCGACACCGGCUACUCUGGAAUGGCUAGAAGAGAACUACGAGAUAGCCGAAGGAGUGUGUAUCCCCCGAAGUGCCCUCUAUAUGCAUUACCUGGACUUCAGCGAGAAGCACGAUACUCAGCCUGUGAACGCAGCCAGCUUUGGAAAGAUCAUAAGACAACAGUUUCCAGCGUUAACUACCAGAAGACUGGGGACCAGAGGGCAGUCUAAGUACCAUUACUACGGCAUAGCGGUGAAAGAGACCUCUCAGUACUAUGACGUGAUGUACUCCAAAAAGGGAGCGGCGUGGGUGAACGAGACGGGGAAGAAAGAGGUCACCAAGCAGACAGUGGCGUAUUCACCACGCUCCAAACUGGGGACGCUCCUGCCAGAGUUUCCAAAUGUCAAAGACCUAAAUUUGCCUGCCAGCCUGCCAGAAGAGAGGGUGUCGACUUUCAUCAUGAUGUACAGAACGCACUGUCAGAGGAUACUGGACACUGUUAUAAGAGCCAACUUUGAUGAGGUGCAGAGCUUCUUGCUGCACUUCUGGCAGGGCAUGCCCCCCCACAUGCUCCCCGUCCUCGGCUCCGCCACAGUAGUGAACAUAGUGGGUGUUUGUGACUCCAUCCUCUACAAGGCCAUCUCUGGGGUGCUGAUGCCCACCGUCCUGCAAGCACUGCCUGAUAGUUUGACUCAGGUUAUCCGAAAAUUUGCCAAACAGCUCGAUGAGUGGCUAAAAAUAGCACUUCACGACCUCCCUGAAAACCUGAGGAACAUCAAAUUUGAACUGUCCAGGAGAUUUUCUCAGAUUCUCAAGCGGCAAACUUCAUUAAACCACCUCUGUCAGGCAUCACGGACGGUGAUAAACAGUGCUGACAUCACCUUUCAAAUGCUGGAGGACUGGAGGAAUGUGGACUUGAACAGCAUCACCAAGCAGACACUUUACACCAUGGAGGACUCACAAGAGGAGCACAGGCAGCUUAUCAUCCACUUAUAUCAAGAGUUUGACCGUCUGCUGGAGGAGCAGUCUCCCAUCGAGGCGUACAUCGAGUGGUUGGACUCGAUGGUGGACCGCUGUGUCGUCAAGGUGGCAGGGAAGAGGCCCGGGUGUCUGAAGAAGGUGGCCCAACAGUUCCUGCUGAUGUGGUCGUGUUUUGGUACCAGAGUCAUCCGGGAUAUGACCCUCCACAGCGCGCCCAGCUUCGGGUCCUUCCACCUGAUCCACCUCAUGUUUGAUGAUUACGUGCUCUACCUGCUGGAGUCCCUGCACUGCCAGGAGAGGGCCAAUGAGCUCAUGAGGGCCAUGAAGGGGGAAGGCAGCACAGCAGAGAGAGAGGAGGAAUUCCCGUCGACAGAGAACACCCCGGCCUCCCCGUCUCCGGCGUCCUUCUCUCCCGCCCGCUCGGUCCACUCUGUUGGCGUUUCCUCGGCCAGUUCCCCCACAGCAGCCGUGUCCCCCGAGUACAACGGAGUCACCCCGACCACCACAGGCGCUGUUCAGUCAUAUACCUGGUCCCUUACAUACACAGUGACAACAGCAGGCGGCUCCGCUCCAGAGGCCGGCCAGCAGCUGUCCUGUAUGAGGAACAGCGCUCCAGUGCCCCCUCCCUCCUCCGCCCACAGGAUGCCCGUCUACACGCACAGAGAGGAGCAUGGGUACACAGGUAGCUACAACUACGGCAGCUACACCAACCAGCAUCCUCACUCCAUCCAGAGCCAGUAUCCAAGUCUGACCCACGAGUCAACGAUCCCACCGCCUCUCCACUACUCGGCCUACCACCGCUCGUCCGCACAGUACCAGCUCAACGGCCAGAUGUCUCGAAUGGAGCCUUGCUUGAUGGGCAGCACUCCUCGGCUGCACCCCGCACCUGUCGCCCCCCGGUGGACAGAUGUGUCGCCAGCUAACAGCUGUUACACCAGCCCGCCUAUGCAUUCAUCCCGCUAUGCCGCCUCUGGGGACAUGUACUCUCCACUGGGCCCGCGCAGGAACUCAGAGUAUGAACACUCGCAGCAUUUCCCCGGCUUUGCCUACAUCAACGGCGAGGCCACCACCGGCUGGGCCAAAUAGCUGGAUGGCCUUUCAUACUACAAUCUGUGAAUGCAAAGUCUUUUAACACUUCCAAUCAUGUGCAUCAAAAAAAAAAGGAGGAGCAGAUAUAGUGGAGCAUACCAAUGCAAGGUAUUAGGAAUCAUGGUAAGAACGUACUGACAAUUUGAAAAUCCCCUCGAUGAUUGUUGUAUAGUUUGUGCAGAGAUUUAAUUCCAUUUCUUCAAAUCAACAAUCAAAGUUUUUGCCCACUGCGGGGGGUAAAAUAUCCCUUCAAAUCAUGUAGAUUGUUAAAAACAUGCAGCAAAAUCAUGAGUGCAAUGCUGGUCAAUCUGUGCCUUUGUUUUAAGGAAUGUACCCCUCUGCCAGUUUCCCUCAGUCAGCCUCACAAGUGAGUGCCCCAGAUCAUCAGUCUGUUUUAUGACUGCAGGAUCAGUGUGCUGGCAGCUGCCAUUGAAGCCUUUACUGUUUCACUUUCUCCUCCUGUUGCUCCGGCACUGAGCAGCAUCACAGCACAUUAGUUUUCUGCAGGAUGUAGAUUAAAUGUACUGCCUUAAUAUUGUUUUGGGACGCCAGAACAGACAGACAGACUGUGGCACAAAGCAAAACACUGAGACACAAAAACUCCCUGAAUGCUCUGUUCAGGUGUCUUCACCUUGGAUACUUUUUAAUGAUUGAAUGCUGUGACUGAAAAACAACUGUGCGCUAUUAUAUAUAUAUAUAUAUAAAGUAUGUAUUCUGUAACUUUGUAACAUGGUGUAUCCUUUAUUUUCUAUGUUACAAUUGGUACUUUGUUCUCUGUUUUGUAUGGUUAGUAAAAGACGCAUUAACCUAGGGUUGUGUGUUUUAUGAUGCACUCAAAGCUACUGAGGACCUAUUACCCUAUGGGUAUUUAUAUAAAAGGGAAAAAUAUCAAAGUGUACAGUAACAUGAAGUCUAGUCACUUUUUUGUAAAUAAAAAGCACUGGAAACUGUCUGUGGUGACUGUUCGAGUAUCACAGUGGAAACCUGAUGUGUAUGUGGGGAAAAUAAUGCCACAUAAAAAAAAUGUCACAAUUUACAACAGUGCGUUGUCUGUGUCAAAUUGUCUUCCUUGUUUUUUUUUCUGUCUUCACCGUUCAAGUCUCAGAGUUCACAGGAAUGUCCAAAUAUUCAGAAAAGUAUAAAAAACAUUCUUCAUUUUAUUUAAAAUCAUAAUCAAUGUCAGCACUGGAGCUCAUGCUAGAAUUACUCUCCAUUAUAUUUUGCCCUUUUCCCUACUUUCUGUGCGUGUUGUAGGGCAGCUGUUAUUCAUUAAAACAA